UCAGGGCUGAAGAAGCCAAAUAAAACCAAGCUGAGCAGGUAGAAUCGCGUCGAGUUACCAGUUUAAAUGGCCGGUGCAGUGACACCUUUUCUUCUUCCAUCUUCAUCCGCUCCGGGUUCUCUGGGCUGCAUCCAACAAUAGAUUUCUAAAGUUUCCGGGAAAAAUGACCUGUGGACGCGCAGAAAGGGCCGCAUAAAGCGUCCGGAUGAAGGUACCCGUAGGUAAACCUGUUGGCCAGUACCAUGAGAGAAAAGGCGAAAUAUAGAUCUGCACCGAGAUACAGCUAACUUGACUUUGGUAUUAUGUGGUGGCAAGUGUUGAGAGAACAAGUGAGGUGUGCACAAAGAGGUCACUGAACGCACUUGCCAGUGUCAAAGAGACUGAAUCCGACACCAUUCUGAUGGAUUCGCAACGUAAUGGUAAUACAAGAAGCUUCAGCGUGAUGGAUCUGGCCGCAAUCAGGCGACUUCUGGACACGGAAAGUACGGCCGGGACGUGCCCCAGCUGUGAAAUGCCCUUCGAUAAGGGCAAAAAGCGACGACUGAUCGACACUUGCGGCCAUGAACGCUGCUACUCUUGCAUGUUCACCAAUGAAGUUUGCCCGCUGUGUUCCUUGCCCGAGCCCGUCUCAACCACAGACGGUGCCAGCCUGAAGGAGCUGAAAUGCCACGGAUUGCGCGGUUCCGAAAUCACGCUCUAUGGAGACUCUGGAGACUCUUUGCAGCUGGAAAGUCUGGACAAGCUUCAGCCCCGCCCCAAACUCAAAACCAACGGUCACUUCACCAACUUUAUGAAGAGCCGCAAAGAACAGUCGCCGAACCGGCCCGAAGUGGGCCAUCCAGAGAACCUGCCCAAAACCCGCCCCAGCAACCCCCGGCUGCGCCCUGAGAUGACUCAGAGCUGCCCCACGCCGCCCCAGUCCCGACGCAAGUUCUUCCUGAGCCCCAAGGCGAUCAGAAGCCCCUUCUUGAGCAGGAACUGGAGGCAGCAAUCGGAUGCCGCCAUGUCAGUUUCAAUGACCAACUCGGUCACAUCGGAAGCCAAGCACUGGCCCAGCGUGGUUUUGGGCAAAAUCCGCUCUCUGUGGAGCGCUGGCACCAGUACGGAGCGAGUAGGCUUGAAUCAACUGGUUGCAUCAGACGAUGAGGCCACCAUCAAGCCACCGUCAGUGAAGCAGUCAUCCGACAAUGACAUGUACAUGCGACUGGGACUGUUGCUGGGCGACAGCGCAAGAAGGACCAAAGGAGUCUACAAUCCGGAGUCCUGCUCGUCAUUGGCCAGCUACGAAACCACCGCCAUGAUGUCGACCAAUACCAGCCCAGUAUCGACGCUGACCGGCAGCUCAGAGGAUCCGCAUCGGACCAAUCCCAGCUCAGAUAGCGUGGCUUCGCUCAUGUCCAUGUCCAUGUCGGGUCAGAGCAACUGCAGCUCCAGCCCACUGAGUCGCCGUCAUAGCGUAACUACCGCCCAACCUGGCCAAGUGGAGGACCUGAAUCUGUUCAAGAACAGAAGAACGUGCGUCCGACGAUCAGCACGCGCUGGAAUCGCCCUCAAAGGCGUGGUGGACCCGAAAAUCCGCUUCGCCCAAUACCGGGCGCCUCAACUCACCCUCAAGCCGCUGUUCUUUGAGGUGCCCCUCCAGGAACGCGACCCUCUUUUCCUGGGCCGGCACUGGCUGAUUAAGCACAUGGAGGAAGUGAUUAACUCCUCCAGUCCUGGCAUCCUCCUGACCGGAAGCCCUGGCACCGGAAAAACCGCGCUGGUGCUCCAACUGGUCGACUACAGCUGCUUUGGGAGGCGCAAAGAGCCAGUUUACCAAUCCAUCCACUCCCCGGAACGUUCUAGAAGCCCGCAGUCGUCCAUCUACGGGCCCAUUGACUUGGUGUCGGAAAAGAUCAAGCAUCUGGCCAGCAGCAUCGUGGCCUACCAUUUCUGCCAGGCGGACAACAACAACACCUGCCUAGUGCCGGACUUCAUCCACUCUUUAGCUGCGCAACUUUGCCAGGCUCCUCAACUGGCCGCCUAUCGGGAGUAUCUGCUCAAUGAGCCCACGCUGCAAACGGUGCUGUCGCUUAAAGAAUGCAUCGCCAAUCCGGACCUGGCCUUCACUAGGGGUAUCUUGGAGCCGCUGGCCAGCCUGCGAAGAGUGGGCAAAAUCGACAACCUCAACUGCACCAUCCUGGUGGACGCCCUGUGCGACGCAGAAUACCAUCGGCCCGACCAUGGGGACACCAUCACCACAUUCCUGCUCAAGCACAUCCCGAACUUCCCUGGCUGGCUGAAGGUGGUCGCGACUGUUCGCACUCACCUCCUGGAGCUGAUGAAGCAGUUCCCGUUCACCAGAAUCAGCCUGGAUCAGGCGCAGUGCAACGAGCACAUCCAGAAGGACGUGCUCGGCUACAUCCAGUUCCGGCUGCAGAACAGCCCCAGCAUCCAGACCAAUGUGACUCUGUCCAACAACGGAAAGCUGGAAAGUGGCACGGUGUGCCAGCACAAGUUCUCCCAGCACCUGCUCAGCCUGGCGCAAGGAUCCUUCCUGUUCGCCAAGCUGACGCUGGAUCUCCUGGAAAAGGGCCAGCUGGUGGCCAAGUCUUCCGGGUACAAAGUGCUGCCCGUCACGCUCUCCCAGAUUUAUCUGCUUCACUUCAACUUGCGCUUCCCCACCAUCAGGUCCUUCGAGAAAGUGGCCCCCAUUCUCAGCGUGUGUUUGGCUGGCCUCUACCCGCUCACCCUACUGGAGAUCUUCUAUUCCGUCAAUGCCCUGUUGCGCGACAACUUCAUUCCCUGGAAGGAGUUCCUGCAGCGCUUCAAGCUCCUGUCCGGCUUCCUGGUGAAGCGGCUGGACAACACCUACAUGUUCUUCCACCCCUCGUUCAGGGAGUGGCUGAUGCGUAGGGACGACAACGAGGCCACCAAGUUCCUCUGCGACUUGCGCUCUGGCCAUGCAGGCAUCGCCUUCCGGCUGUCCAGAGUGCAGGCGCCGCUGGACGCCGAAAAAACCCUCGAACUGGGCCAUCACAUCCUCAAGGCCCACGUCUACAGGAACAUGCCGCUGGGGCAGCUCAGCUCCCGGGACUUGCAGGCUUUCUGGGUGACGCAAGGCUCGGAAAAUGUGUCAGCGGCAGUUUGCCAUCUGAGGAACAUCUACAGCCCCAAUGUGAAAGUCUCCAGGCUGUUGUUGCUGGCGGGCGCCAGCCCCAACUAUGUCACCGAGUUCUUGGGGAAGGCGCCAGUGCUGUGCAUGUACGCCAACGAGGGGAACGUGCCCAUGGUGUCCCUGCUGCUGGAGUUUGGGGCUGAUGUGGAGCUGCCCACUAGUCAAGGGCAGACGGCGCUGUCACUGGCUAGCUCGAAAGGACAUUGCGACGUUGUGAGGCAGCUGGUGGCGGCAGGCGCCAGCCCGGGACAUGCAGACGCUGUGGGGUACUGCCCCUUGGUUCACGCGGCCAGAAACGGCUGUCUUAAUGUCGUUGGGUACCUGUUGGCGUGCGAUUGGGUGCUCAAGCACCCGAAUGACGUGGAGCUGGCAGAGGCGGCGCAGCAGGCGCUCAUUGCGGCAGCAGGACAAGGACACACGGAGAUUGUUGAGUAUCUGCUUGAUAUGGCCGAGGUCACCGCUGACAUGGCCGAUUCUAUUACUGGAGAAACUGCUUUGACAGUGGCGGCAUCCAAUGGCUGUCAUACCGUUUGCUCGGCCCUGAUCAGUCGAGGGGCCAGCAUUUCCGUGAAGAAUCGCAAGGAUGUGACGCCCCUGCUCAUUGCAGUAAAAGAGGGGCAUUGGGCAGUGGCGGAGCGCCUGAUCCAGAACCAUGCGGCCAUCGAGCAGAUGGACGAAACCGGGCGGACGCCGCUGAUAUUGGCUGCUGCCGAAGGCCAUUUGGGCCUCAUCGAUCUGCUGUUGGAUAAAGGUUCGGACCUGACCAAGCAGGACAAAGACGGGCUGACGCCACUCUGCUGGGCCUGCCUUAGAGGCAAAGUUCAAGCGGCGCAAAGUCUGGUGGAACGGGGGGCCAAUAUCAACCACCACGACCGAACCGGGCGCACUCCUCUAGAUCUGGCCGCCUACAACGGGAACCCGACUCUAGUCCAGUUUCUCCUGGAUCGAGGCGCGAUUAUUGAACACGUGGACAUCAAUGGAAUGCGGCCUCUGGACCGCGCCAUUGGCUGCAAAAACGUCCAAGUGGUGCAGUGCUUCCUGAAGAAAGGGGCAAAGUUGGGGCCGGCAACGUGGGCCAUGGCAGCAGGCAAACCCGAUAUAAUGCUGAUACUCCUCAACAAGCUUCUGGAGGAUGGCAACGUGCUGUACCGCAAGAGCCGCCUGACGGAAGCCGCCCACCGAUACCAAUACGCCCUGAAAAAGUUCCCUAGUGAUGAUCAGGGCGAGCACAACCAAGCCUUUCAUCAGCUCCAGAUCAACUUUCUGCUGAAUUUUUCGCGAUGCAAGCGCAAGCUUAAUGAGCCGGAGGAAGCAAUCGAGCUGGCCAAUGAAGCCCUGGCAAUGAAGCCGGACUCCUACGAAGCCUACUAUGCCUUGGCCAAAGCCAAGCUGGACCUAGAGGAGUUCGAGUGCGCCUUGAGGGAUGUGCAGGAGGCGCAAAAACUCUCACCCAGCCAGCACGUGGAGGUGAAGAAAGUGCUGGCUUUUCUUCAGGAGGAGAUCGUGAAUAAAAUGUCCCCAGGGAAUCGGCUACAGUUGCACCGGAAUCACGCGGUUUCAGUCGACACUCUUCAUCAGUAAAACGGGCCUUGAGGCAAUAAGACAAGACUGACUUUGUGAAUAUUUUCUACUUAGUGUAUAUAGAUUUUUUUAUUAUUUUUUAGAAUAUCUUAUUUAUUUCUGUUGUUAUUUUUUAUUGAUUUAAUCAUUCCUGGAGGGGCUGCGCCCCUCAAUCACUUUUUCUGUUAGUUUUCUUUUUUCUACGCCACUGUGUACAUACGCAUACUUUAGGCCUAGUUUUAGUGUCUUGCCGGUGCCCAGUUUGGGUUCAGUAUUUUUUUGGAGUUUUCUAAUUUAUUCUUGUUGACGCUGAAACGGUUUGACUGUGUGGUUGUAUAAAGUGUCCUUAUACAGGUUAUUAUUGUUCAUAAAAAAGGUAAUAAAUGAUAUUUAAAUUUGCCGUUAUAGUA